UUCAUUCAUCUUCUUCCAGAGAGAGAGGUGAGUUAACGCGAAGGUUAUUUUACAUGAGGGAGGAACUGCCGGUGACCAAAACACUGCCGAGAGAUUAGCUGCAAAGCAGAAAACACGCUCUUGGUUUGUGCCUGUGAGGAGCUUAUAUUUCUUCCCAACAUUACAGGAGAGGUGAAGCAUCAUGGGGAAACACAACAGCAAGCUGGCUCCAGAGGUCCUGGAUGACCUGACCAAGAACACCGAAUUCAACGAGGCAGAGCUCAAGCAGUGGUACAAAGGCUUCCUCAAAGACUGUCCCUCCGGCAUCCUCAACCUGGAGGAGUUUCAGCAGCUCUAUGUUAAGUUUUUCCCAUAUGGUGAUGCCUCCAAGUUUGCCCAACAUGCGUUUCGGACGUUUGACAAGAACGGUGACGGGACCAUCGACUUCAGGGAGUUCAUCUGCGCACUGUCCAUCACCUCUAGGGGCAGCUUUGAGCAGAAACUCAACUGGGCCUUCAAUAUGUAUGAUCUGGAUGGGGAUGGAAAGAUCACACGCAUGGAAAUGCUGGAGAUCAUCGAGGCCAUCUACAAGAUGGUGGGCACUGUGAUCAUGAUGCGUAUGAAUGAGGACGGGCUGACCCCGCAGCAGCGCGUGGACAAGAUCUUCUCCAAGAUGGACAAGGAUCACAAUGAUGAGAUCACCCUGGAAGAGUUCAAAGAGGCGGCCAAAUCUGACCCCUCCAUUGUCCUACUGCUGCAGUGUGACAUGCAGAAGUAGAGAGAGGGGUGGGUGGAGAAACACAGGGAGGGGGGG